CACGUGUCAACACUGCCACUGGCCUGCAGCAAGCAUACUCUAGCAAAAAAGCAACCCAGAAAGCUACCAUGCAGGGACUUAGACAAUGGUGUACUACAUACAAACUGUCCAGGACAUAAACAGCGAUGUCGUCAAUGAACUCCUAAGGAAGAUAUGUACUUCCAGCUGUCCAGGACUCUUGGAAAGGAUGAAGCUCUGCCUUUCAAAGAAACCACUGCCAUCUCCCACUGACAGAAAGAAGUUUGACCAUGACUUUGCCAUCUCCACUUCCUUUCAUGGGGUACAUAAUAUAGUUCGGAACAGGAGCAAAAUUCGCAAGGUGAUUUGGUUGGUGGUGGUCUUGGGCUCAGUCUCAUUGGUGGUAUGGCAGAUCUACAGUCGCUUAGUCAACUACUUCACAUGGCCGACCACAACAUCUGUAGAGGUUCAGUAUGUGGAAAAUAUAGAGUUCCCAGCUGUGACGUUUUGUAAUUUGAACAGGUUCCAAACUGAUGCUGUGACCAAAUUUGGUUUUAUUUUUUUCUUAUGGAAUAUCGUAUCCAAAGUCCUCCAUCUCCAGGAAAUCAGUGCCAAUUUCACUGGUUUUAAGGAGGCUAUUGAUUUUCUUGAAAGUCAACAAAACUUCAGCAUUACAGAGUUUGUCAAGAAAAAUGGUUUUUAUCUCAAUAAUAGCACUUUGUUGAAAUGUGACUUUUUUGGAAAGCCAUGUGGCUCACAGGAUUUUGCACAUGUCUUCACAGAAUAUGGAAAUUGUUUUACUUUUAAUCAUGGUGAAAAUAUUGAAGCAAGAAGAAAAGUGAGUGUCUCUGGCCGAGGCUUACGCUUGCUCUUCAAUGUCAAUCAGGAGGAAUUCACUGAUGACCCUGCCCUUGGUUUUGUUGAUGCUGGGAUCAUCUUUGUUAUCCAUUCACCAAAGAAGGUGCCACAGUUCGAUGGUUUAGGUUUGUCAUCACCUGUGGGGAUGCACGCACGUGUAACAAUCCGUCAGGUGAAGACAGUUCAUCAGGAAUACCCUUGGGGAGAAUGCAACCCUAACAUCAAGCUGCAGAAAUUUAGUACCUACAGCACUUCUGGUUGCUUGAAGGAAUGUAAAGCGAGGCACAUAGAGAAGCAGUGUGGAUGUUUGCCUUUUCUGCUUCCUGGAAAUGGGAUAGACUGUGACCUACAAAAGUUUUACAACUGUGUUUCUCCUACACUUGACCUCAUCGAAGUGAAGGGAUUAUGUACAGUGGGAACACACAAUUCUACCUGCCCUGUUCCUUGUGAAGAAACAGAAUACCCUGCCACUAUUUCUUAUUCCACUUUUCCAAGUCAAAAAGCUUUGAAGCACCUUUCUAAGAAGUUGAAUCAAAGCCAAAAAUAUAUCAGGGAAAAUCUUGUAAACAUUGAAAUUAACUAUAGUGACCUAAACUAUAAGAUAACUCAACAACAAAAAGCAGUGAGUGUGUCUGAAUUACUCGCAGAUGUUGGUGGUCAACUAGGCCUAUUUUGUGGGGCAAGUAUGAUUACAAUUAUAGAAAUCAUUGAAUAUGUAUUCACCAAUUUCUACUGGAUAUGCAUUUUGUUUUUGCUGAAGAUACCGGAAAUGACCCCAGGGGCCAGUCCACCUCAGAAUCAUCUGGGCAACAAAAAUAACAUAGAAGAAUGCUGAUGCUCACUUAAGACACAAACUUUUGCUUUUUUUCUUCACAAUAUUUUUAGAUUUAUUCAUG